AUGUUGGAAGCCACUCGGCGAUGGUUUCGCCGGAAUAGGACGCCCCUCGCUGUCAGCGUGGGUGUCGUCGGCGCAGGCUACGUCGUGACGCAGUAUGUCAUGGGCAAGAUCAACGAUGCGCGCGAACGCAUGAGCAGCGACCGCAUCGCAAAGGAAAACCUCCGCCGCCGAUUCGAGCAAAACCAAGAAGACUGCACCUUUACCGUGCUCGCACUCCUUCCCUCAGCGACGACGAAUAUACUCGAGGCCAUGAACACCGAGAAGAUCACCUACGAGAUCCAGAAGAUGAAGGGCCAGACCAAGAGCCUCAAGAGCGGUAGCGGCAGCCCGCCGAGCAUCGCAGAUACCACCAUGACCGAAGACGACGGACGGAGCAUGGUCAGCAGCAGUGUGCAGAGCGAGAGCGGCGUGCAUGCGAGCCAAAUGACGGUACCGGCCCCGACGUCGGCUGCCGCGGGAGGAGCCGCCGAGGGUGCGCAGCAAGAUGGCGGGGCGGCAGCGCAGAAGAGCCGGAAGUCGAAGAGGCAGUUGUGGGAUGAUCUGACCAUCAGCUUCCAACUCAACCUCCUUGGCCGCCGUAGCUACCUCUCGAGUGUCAUUUCCCUGGCGACCGGCGCGGCCCAAGCGACUAUCAGUCUGGAAAACAACGACGACGACGGCCUCGACCAGCCCUACGGCAACGACUUUGAGACGAACCGCCGCUACCUAACCUUUAGCUGGUGGCUCCUGAACGAGGGGUGGAAGGAGCUCGGCCAGCGCGUCGAAGCCGCCAUCCGCCAGGUCUUUGGCCACCUGAGCCCGCGCGACCUGCUCAGCUUCGAGCAGUUCUCGGAGCUGACGCUCGCGGUGCGCAAGGCUGUCGAGGGCGCCACGCCCGAGGAGCGCAGGGCCGCAAAGUGGCUGCCCUACCUCCUCCCACCGCGGGACAAGGAGGAUCACGUCCUCCGCGAGUCGGGCAUUCUGGAGGAGAGCACCGUGAUGCUGUCCGAGAGCGCCACGUCCCAGUCUUCGCCGUCAUCGUCGCCCGCCGUGAGAAGGCUGCUCGACGAGACGUCGGAUCUUAUCGAGUCGCCCUCCUUCACGCACGUGCUCACACUCAUCCUCGAUGCUGGCUUCUCCCUGCUUGUGGACAAGAAGCUCUCAUCGGCGGCCUUUGAUAAGCCGGACCUCGCCGAGUCGGAGCCGCGCACGUCGCAGGUGGUGGUACUCCUGCCCAAGAUCCUCUCGGUUCUCACAAGGCAAGCCCACAUCAUUGGCAACGGGAUGCCAAACGAGUACCUACAGGAGAUGGAGCAGGUCGCCGACCUCGAGGGCUUCGCAGCCGUGGUGUACUCGAGCAACUGGGAGAAUGAGAUCCACCACGACGACGAGGGCAUCAUGGCGAGCGCCGUUGACGUGAGGGCUAGCGAGGUGCCUCGCGCCAGCCAGGGUACUGCUGCGACUUUCCCCAGUCAGACGCAGGGGAUGAUGCAGGGAACCGGAGAGGAGAGCCUCGUGAUGGUGAACCCGCAGUCUGGCUUUGAGAGCGCAUGGGGGAGGGCGGUGGACAGCAAGUAG